AUGCCAUAUAUUAAAACAUCUAAAAAAAGCCUUCCAGUCUCAACAUUGUUAGAUAUUAAGUCUCAGAAAUGUGGACUGCGGCACACAGUUUACUCAGUCAGUGGCAACGAGUACACUGGGGAGUGGCAGAACAACAAGAAGCAUGGCAAAGGAACUCAAGUUUGGAAGAAAUCUGGUGCCAUUUAUAAUGGAGAGUGGAAAUUUGGAAAACGUGAUGGACAUGGUACCUACAGUGUUCUGCUUCCAGAAUCAAAGGCUUACGCAAGAAAGUACUGUGGUGGAUGGAGGAAUGGAAAGAAGCACGGGUAUGGAACAUACUUUUACAACAACUCUUCUCUUUAUGAGGGAGAGUGGAGUGAGGACCAACGCAGCGGCUGGGGAAGAAUGUACUAUGAAAACGGAAACAUCUAUGAGGGAGAGUGGAUGAAGGAUAAGAAUCACGGACAUGGCAUCAUUCGAUUUUCAAAUGGUAACUGGUAUGAAGGCACCUGGCAAGAUGGCAAGAAGAACGGCAAUGGAAAGUUCUACUAUUCUGACAAAGGCCAGCUUUAUGUAGGUUUUUGGGUGGCUGGAGUAGCAAAAUGUGGGACCUUGACUGAUUUUGGGAGGGAUGAAGCACCAGCCCCGGCAAAGUAUCCAAUCCCAAAGCUACAUCUGGUGGACAUGGAGUUGGUUUUAAGGGAAGCCAAAUCAGCUUACCUUGAUCAGUACUGAUAAACAACAAGAAGCAAGUUUCCACUCCAGCACAUGCUCACUGAUAAGGAACAAAUAAAAGGAAAGCGCAUAAUGGUA